CUGAUACUAAUUUCCCGAAUCCGGAGCGAUGGAAGGCUUAGUGAGCCUGGGUCGCAUGGAUCGAUCCCAUUAUUGCAUAGACAAGCUUCCGGAAUUGACAGCAGACGCAUAGGAGCUUGUCUAUUUUGUCAGGAAUUCUGGAUGGAACUCUAUGCUCUUUACGAGAUUGGCGUUGCCAGAGUUGAGGUAAAAACCGUAAAUGUGAACUCGGAAGCGUUUAAGAAAAACUUCCUCGGCGCUCAGCCGCCUAUUAUGAUCGAGGAGGAAAAAGGUGCAACUUACACGGAUAAUCGUGAAAUUGAAGGACGAAUUUUCCAUCUUGCUAAGGAAUUCCACGUUCCCCUAUUCGAAAAGGAUCCAACAGUCGAAAAACGUAUAGAAAGUCUAUAUAGGAAUUUCAAACUUUUCCUUCGUUCCAAGACAGAAUAUGACAAAGAGAUACGAGAUAUAUCUUCGGUUGAAUCGUUACCACCACAGAUUAAGACACAUUAUAAUCGUGUCGUAGAACAAUUGUCUGGUAUUGAUCAGUUGUUGGCCGAUCGUAGAACUCGUUACUUGUUAGGUCCUUCAAUGACCGAAUACGACUGCGAAUUAAUGCCUAGACUACAUCAUAUGCGUAUAAUUGGACAGAGAAUGCUCAACUUCGACUUUCCUUACAAUCUCACAUAUUUAUGGAACUAUGUGUUAACAGCAUAUCGAACGGCCGCUUUUAUAGAAAGUUGUCCGGCAGACCAGGAUAUUUUACAUCACUAUAAGGAACAACUGAGUAUGUUGACUAAUCAACGAGAAACCCUGCAAUCACCAACGAAGACGCACACAAUACCGGAAGUGGUUCUUCAUAACAUAAGAAGAAUUGGCCUCGACCAAAAGUAA